GUACUACUUUAUGACGUAUACAAAAUGCAGAUAUCAGAGUGAAGAUAUAGCUUCUCAUCUAAAGAAAACUGAGUAUUGAAGAUACAAAAAUAUAAAAUUGUCUAAAAAUGGUGUAUGAGCUUUUAUAGUUCCAGCCAAAUAAGAAGAAGAAGAAGAAUGCAGAUAUCAAAUGUCAAAGAAAUGAAUAUGAUUCUAAUUUAAAUUUUUGUUUUAUUAUCGUAUUUUUAAUUAUCCUUACAUUAGUGUGCUCUCCAUCACAUUUUUAAAUCCAAAUAAUUAUUAAAAUAUAUAUAACCAUAAUGACUACCGAUAUAGUGACAACAUUAAAAGAGCCGAGAAUGAUAAAAAUAUGUGCUCCUAUGGUUAGAUACAGCAAAUUACAAUUUAGAACGCUUGUAAGACGGUAUGGAUGUGACAUAUGUUUUACGCCUAUGAUCUUAGCUGAUUCGUUUGUGCGAUCUUUAAAGGCUAGAGAAAACGAGUUUACUACACAUAAAGAAGAUAAGCCACUAAUUGUUCAAUUUGCGGCUAAAACUGUAAAUGAUUUUGUUGGCGCUGCAGAAAUGGUAGCACCGUAUUGCAACGGUGUAGAUCUAAAUUGUGGUUGUCCGCAACGUUGGGCUAUGAAAGAAGGAUACGGAGCUGAUUUAUUGACAAAGCCAGAGCUUGUGAGAGAUUUGGUGUAUAAAAUUAGAAAUCGUAUUCCAAGACCAUUCACUGUUUCAGUGAAGAUACGUCUUUUAAAGGAUAUACGUCAGACAAUAUUGUUGUGCCAAGUCUUGGAAAAAGCUGGUGCUUCAUUCUUAACGGUUCAUGCAAGGACUCCUGAGAUGCGUAAUGAACCAAUUGACUUGAACAAUCUGAAGCUUCUUAGAGAUUAUGUACAGUUGCCUCUUGUUGCAAAUGGUGAUGUUAAAAGUUUAGAAAAUGCAGAAUUUUUAUUUAAGGAAUCUAGAUGCGAGGGAGUAAUGUCUGCUAGAGGUCUUUUAACCAAUCCAGCAUUAUUUUCGGGACACUCUACUACUCCGCUUGUUUGCGUUCAAGAUUGGUUGAAUGUUACAUCGACUAUUCCAACUGAAUUUCAAUGUUUUCAUCACCAUUUAGUAUUUAUAUUAUGUGCUUACUGCGGCAAUGGACUUAAAUUUAUCAUUGUCUGCUUUGUUGCGUUGACUUUUGCUAUCACUACUAUGUUGGUGCUACAAAUUCUUUAUACUGAAGAUAUACUGCAGAAUAAUCUUCAUGGUAUUCAUGGAGCAGUUGCCACUGAUUAUUCAAAUUGUUCUCAGAUUGGCACUAAAAUAUUAAGAAAAUCAGGCAAUGCAGUGGAUGCUGCAAUAGCAGCAACUAUUUGCAUGACUAUAGUAGCACCUCAUAAAACUGGUCUUGGCGGAGGUGGUUAUAUGAUGAUACAUAAUUACAAAAAUCACUCUCAUCCAAUUCUUAUUGAUUUUGCAAAUAACACAGCCAAAGGUUCCUUUGCUAAAGCUGGAGUUCGUUUGCCAACUCUAUUAAAAGGAUUAGAAUUUGCUCAUGUAUCAUAUGGCAAUCUGCCAUGGCAUGAUGUAGUAAAACCCUCUGUCAAGUUGGCUCGAGAGGGUUUUGUUGUAUCUAAGGAUCUUGUGGAUGAAAUAUCAAAAAAUACAGAUUAUGGAAUGCUUUAUAAUGGUCCUUUAAAUCCAGGUGAUAUAUUACAAUUGCAUGAACUUGCGAAUACAUUAGAUAUGGUGGCAAAAUAUGGUGUAAAAGUAUUCUACAAUGGUACUUUGUCAUAUAAAAUUCUACAUGGUAGUAAUUUGCAUGAAGAAUCACUGCAAGAAUUAGCAAGUUAUAAACCCACUCUAACAAUCGCGAAAAGUUCAACAUUAUAUCAUCAUACAAUUUAUUAUCCAUCACACGUAUCUCAUAUGCAAGCAGUAAUUGAGGCAUUAGAGGAUCUUCCAAUUUUGGCAGGAAAUGCGUCUACAAUAGAAUCAUUAAUUCUUGUCGCGGAUACAUUGAUGCGCUUGUAUUCGUCUUCUCACAGUGUGCAACAUGUAAAGAGAGACGCGUACACUGGAGUUAUGGCAAUGGAUUGGCAAGACACAUAUGUUAGCGUAUUAUCUGGUUUAAGUUCACCUUUGGGCCUUGGAAAUAUGACGGACGCUGGCUUUCUAUUAGACAAUAUCGAUGAUAAUGAUUUAUUUACACUUAUCCCUAUUAUUUUCCAUUAUGAAGAAGGAACAUGUGGAUUGCGUGGAGUGUUUGGUUCAGAUGAUGCUUACCUUAAUGGUCAAAUUCUCUACAAUCUUAUCGUUCGUGCUCUCAACGUUUCCACUGCAAUAGAAUAUCCCAGAUAUUAUUUUGUUUCUGGCAGUAUGAUGAUAGAACAUAAUCAAAGACAUUCAAUAGAGACUGCAUUGCAGGCUCGAUUAUAUUCCAUGAUACCGUCAUUGUCUAUUGACGAUAGUUUACUUACGAAAAGUAUAAAUGCAAUUAUUAAGAAAAAAGAUUCGUUAUCAAGUCAUUCUGAUAGUCGCGGAAACGGAAUAGCAUCCCGAUUUUAAACGUAUUCUUUUUUGUUACAAGCAUACAUGUCAAAAAUCUUAAGAAUCUUAAAGAUUGCAUAACACUGUGAUAUUAAAAAAUAUAAUUCUAGACACUUAGACGUUAUUUAUAUACAAAUAUUUGUGGGAAUAUGCAAUAAGAACGGAUCAAUUUUGUAAGUUAUAUCUUUAUAUAGCUAGGAAUGAGAAGAAAAGGCACAUAUAGUAUAUAUAUUAAUUUCAUAUUUUAGAUUCUAAUACUGUUUUACACAUGCAUGGGACACAUACUUAAUAUGUGUGUAUGCAUACAGAUACAUACAUUCAUAUAUACACUGUUACAAAACUAAAAUAAUUUUACAUCAGUUUGCAUAUAACAUACAUACAUAUAUAUACAAAGAAUAAUGUUUUCCAUAUUAUCUUGCUCUCUUCCUGAAUUUCUUAAAAAAAUGUAUUUUUAAGAAAAUAUUUA